AAGUUACCUAAAUAAACAAUUGAUUAAUUACAUUUUUUAAAUAGGUUACUAUUAGUAGUAAAACAUUAUGGAGGAAUUAAAUGAAAGUGGAGUAAAUCUGGCAUGGGAGACCCACCAAGUCAUCGCUAAUAAACUGAAACUGCGUCCCAAUCAUGUCUUCAAUGUUGUCAGUCUCCUGGAGGACGGUGCAACAAUACCUUUCAUUGCACGUUAUCGCAAGGAUCAAACAGGUGACAUGGGACCUGAUUUGCUGAGAGAAGUUGCAACAAAUGUAGAGGAACUAAAAUCUGUUGAAUCUAAAAUACAGACUGUUUAUGCUACUAUUGAGAAAAUGGGAAAAAUGACAGGGGAAUUAGAAACUUCUCUAAAAUUAUCUACAACAAUACUAGAAGUUGAAACAUUGUAUGCACCAUUUAAACCUGGUCAUAAAGGAACCUAUGCAGAAAGAGCAAGAGCAUUAGGACUUGAAGCAGUGGCAAGAAGUGUCUUAAACAACAGAAAAAUGAAUUUGGGCUCACUCAUAAAUAUAAAAGAGAAAGGACUUGAAUCGGUUGGUGAAAUAGAAAAAGGGAUACAACACAUCAUUGCUGAUAUUGUUUCAAAGGACAAAGAAUGUGUGGAUGAAGCAAGGAAUAUCUGUGAUAAGUGCCAGGUGAUGAUUGAGACAACCAAAUCUAAACCCAAAGCUACAAAAGUCAAGAAAACAUCCACAGAUUCUACACAAACAAUGGCCAAGGUAAAACUGAAGGGCAAAAAUGAGGAAUCAGCCCAAAAGUUUGAGCAGUAUCAAGACUUCAAAUGUUGGGUUAAAUCAGCUAAACCACACCAGAUUCUAGCUAUUAACAGAGGAGAAGACCUUAAGGCUCUUUCUGUUAAAAUCAGUAUACCAGAUCGAGCCAAAGCACAGUUUAUGAAUUUUGCUGUCGGUAAAUACCUGAAGAACAUAAGCGAUCCUGAAAAUAUCACCAUGAUCAGACAGGCUGUACUUGAUGCUUAUGACAGGCUCAUUGAACCCAUGUUGUGUCGGCAAAUAAGAUCUGACCUAACCAAAGAUGCAGAAAAAGCCUCCAUCUCUGUCUUUACUUCGAAUUUAAAGCGGUUGCUGCUAACUCCACCUAUCAAAGGGAAGACAAUUUUAGGUGUUGACCCAGGAUUUAGGAAUGGUUGUAAGGUAGCUGUGAUAUCCCCCACUGGGCAAGUCAUGAAAACAGAUGUUAUCUAUCUCCAUGACUUCAACUCCAACAAGCAAACUGAGAUCAACAGGGUAGUUGAGAUUGUGCAGAGUUUCAAGUGUGAGAUCAUCACCAUAGGCAAUGGUGUUGGAUGCAGAGAAACAGAACAAAUUAUCUCUUCUAUUAUUAAACAACAAAAUCUCAAGCCUUUUUCUAUAGUUUACUGUAUUGUGGAUGAGUGUGGAGCAUCCAUCUACAGCAUUUCUGACGAAGCUAAAAAGGAAUUUCCAGAUCUAGACCCAACUUUAAGAGGAGCAGUAUCAAUAGCAAGAAGACUACAGGACCCUUUAGCUGAGUUGGUGAAGAUAGAACCAAAACAUCUGGGUGUUGGCAUGUACCAGCAUGAUAUCAACAAAACCAAGUUACAAAAUGCUUUAAGCUCUGUGGUUGAAGAAUGUGUCAGCUUUGUUGGUGUGGAUUUGAACACAUGCAGUGAAUGUCUGCUCAAGAGAGUAGCGGGCCUUAAUGCAACUAAAGCAAAAAAGUUGCUUGAAUGGCGAGCAAAAAAUGGGCAGUUCACAAACAGACAACAGCUGUUGAGCAUCAAAGGUCUUGGAGCCAAAGGAUUUGAACAGUGUGCAGGUUUUGUGCGGGUCAACCCUCCAAAUAAGACUGCCAUCAAUAGUGUUGACACAGGGGAUUGUAAAGAGGAGCAAGAAUCUGAUUCUGUUAAAGGCAGGAAAAGGAAAACACAAAGUUCUGCUACUGGUAGCAAAAGUAAGAAAAGGAAAACUGCUGAAAAUGAUGAAUGGAAUCCACUAGAUGCUACCUCUAUCCACCCAGAAUCAUAUAAUAUAGCCCAAAUGCUUGCAACUUUUCUUAAUGUAAACCUUGAGGAAAUUGGUAAAGAAUCUUUCAUGAAUAAAGUAAAAAGAGAUGCCACAGAAAGCAGUUUGUCAUCUUUCUGUGAAAAAAAUAAUGUCGGCCUUGCCACUAUUAAGCAAAUAGCAGAUGCUUUAAAACAGCCUCUCACAUAUGAUUUUCGAGAGAGUUUCCAAAGACCACUUUUUAAACAAGAAGUCCAGUCAGUGUCCGAUUUGCGCUCAGGUUCAGAGCUGACUGGUCGAGUAACAAAUGUCACACAUUUUGGUGCUUUUGUUGACAUUGGAGUUGGUAUAAAUGGACUUAUCCACUGUAGCAAAAUGGGGCGUUGUGGCAAAGUAGGGGUUGGUGAUCAUGUUGAAGUUCAAGUAGAAAGCAUUGACCUAGAUCGUCGUAGAAUAGGAUUAUUGUUGAAAGAUGUGAAACAGGUGUAAGGUUCACAUUUGAAACCAUAAAAUUCUCUUGUGUGUUUUUAAAAUAUUUCAUUUUCUACAAAAAUGUUUAAAACUCUAUUGGUUAAACAGUUUGUGCAAUUUUAAAAGUUUUUUCUUUAACUUUUGUUCAAUUUCACUGCAUUCCAUUUGCAAAUGAGAACAAUCUCAUGUAUUUCUGUUGUUCGAAUGAUCAUAUUCUAGUACCAACUAAUUAAUAAAUUAGAAUAUGUCCAUAGUAAGUGUAAUGUGAAUUUGCACCAAUUA